UGGGUUUGAAUGUUCUCGAAUGGGACUGGCCGAGCUAACGACAUGUCAGACGCAAUGAGCUUCGAAUCAAUCGACCAACAUCGGAGUAGGAGAGCUCGGGAUCGAUUGUUUUCCCGGUUUUCACAUGACGGGAGAGUACUCAGGACAGCCCAAUUGAGUGGGUCCUCAGCUCCCAGACGAGGCUGGCUGAUGAAAGGGAACUACCAUGAGAGGAACUGGGACUUAUAGUUCAUCUGACUCAUGCCAGACCUCCAUUCUGAGAUCCAGACCUGGCUCAAAGCCGGAAGCAUCACGCUUGCUGCAGGGCAAGUGGGCAGAGAGAGCUGGCAGGUCUUUGGCGUGGAAUUAUUUCCGAGGAAGAGAUGGGCGAGCGAAGUUACCGAUCAGAGGAGGGAGAGCUGAUGAGCUUGAAAUUGUGCAUGAGGAGAGAGGCACUGGCAAUGGCACUGAUACGAUCAUACCCGAAGAAGUAGCCGAGGAAUCAGAUUCGAUAACGUCAGCCUGCAGGCCGCAGCUGCAGUUCCGCUGUUUUGAUGACGAGAGAACGAUUCAAGUGGAAGAGCGAGUGGCCUUCUUGUCUCCUGUGCUCAAAUAUCUGGUAGAGAACAAUUGCGGUGAUGCCCUUGGCGAUGGAAAGCUUGCAGUCGGAAUCAACCAGAGAACCUUUUGUGUGCCACUUGUGACACACGAUAGUUUGAAUAAAGUCUUCGACUAUUGCACUCGUUCAGCUCAAAACCCUCGAACGCCCAAAGCCCCACGGAAAUGCACAUUUUGCAAGAGGUCCGACGGAUGCAAGAGCGUCCGGUUGUGCCCGAGAUGCCCUUCUCGUUCAGGCGCAAAUACAGCAGCCUCUUGGGAGGAAGACUUCAUCAAACAACACCGAGCGUCUCUCAUGCAGCUCUUGGAAGCAUCGUAUCAUCUUCAACUCGAAGAGCUCAAGGCUUUGUUGAAGAACGCAAUCGGUGAAAUCAUUGCACCCAUGAGCAGACAAGAGCUGCAAUUGCUCAUGGGCCUCAACAAUGAGCUCAAUGAGAACGAGUACAGACUGAUCAGAGAAGCGUUCCCUUUCAUCCCGCCGGAGAAGGUGACGAGGAAGCAGGAGGAGAAGAGAAGAGAUGCAGCUUCGAUUUCUCGGAAAAUUGAACGAGGAGCUGAAAAUGCAAAGUCCGAGAUACAGACGGCAGCUCGACCAGGUCGAGAAAUCCUCUGGUUGGGCAGCAGCUCGGCAAGUCGGACCUCUCUAAAACCUCCAAAAUUCGGAUGCUCAUCUUCAUCAAAGCCCCACAUUAGUUAAACGAAGGGCAAGGAAUCUGAGACUCGAGCCCAAUGUCAGGCAUGGCAAUGAAAUGAGCUCGGACCGGGGGUAAGACCGAAGGUCCAAUUGUAAAACAUAAAUGUUUCUCGAUGCUGGAGUGUGGAUGAUAAUAGGCCAACUGGUAACCAGGGAUGCUCCAGGCUGCUCGGUCAGAUCAAGUGAAUCUGAUCACAUCGAGAGGUUGUUGCACCUGCCAUUAGCCAAGAGGAAAACUUGCGGCAAUUGCUUGAAGAUUGGGAGAUCGAUGGAGAGGCUAGUGCAGGGUCGAAAUCUCGUCUCCACCGAGGUGCUGCAUUCUUCUGCAUUUGCAUCGAGGCCAUUAGUGGGGGUUUGGGAAGCAGCCACCAUUCGCAGGUGCUUAAUCCAAAAUGAUUGUAAGGGAAAUAGAAUCCCGAAAGGAUCCUUUGGUGUGCUCAUGAUCUGAUCCAUUUCCUCUUCAGCGAGAAGUGGAGGCCUGGAAUUCGGUCUAUGCUCCAUCCUCUCAUCUCCGAGGGACCAGUUGCACCUCCGUCAGGGCUCCAGAGACCUCUUGGAUCCUUUGUAUCAUAUUCGUGGACCAUUACUCAGCCCGAUUGUAGAUGUUAUUAUAAAUAUCUCGAGAUUUGAUUUUU